GCGUCCGCGGCGGUGAUGGCGGUGCGUGAACGCGCGGCGGCAGCAAUGGCCGCUCUGGAGCGGCGGGUGCCGAGUCUCGAUGACUUCGCGGGACAGAGCUGGAGCUCGUGGGUGGAACGGGCCGACUUGCCCGCGGUCGACGGGGCUGAGUUGGAGGAGAGUAACAAAAACACGAAGAAGUUGGAUGCCAUGACCCUCAUUAAAGAAGACAUGUCCAUCUUCGGGCACUGCCCUGCCCAUGACGACUUCUAUUUGGUUGUGUGUAGCCACUGCAGCCAAGUGGUGAAGCCUCAAGCUUUCCAGAAGCACUGCGAAAGAAGACACGGGCCCCUCAGCAAGCUUUAUGCCCGGGCCCCACCCCCACCUCCAGCCCCUGCCAGCUCUCAGAAAUGCCAUGUAGUGAAUGGGCAGGGCCCAGCUUGUAGGGCCCCAGGUUCCACCAAAACCUCCAGGGAGAAGGGCCAGGGGUCCCGGAGCCGUGGCCAUCCGCCUCCUGAGAAGACGCAGAAGGACAACCUCUGCCUUUUCGUGCCUGUGGUGAAUCUGGAGAAGAUGUCCAGUCUCCCAAAGCCCGAUGGACAUGGAAUCAGGGCGGCCCUGCCCUCUGCUUUCCUCAGCCAGACUGGUGGCCUCACCAAGGACUCCCCUGGAAAAAACCCCAUGGCACCCCCUUCUAAAGAACCUCCGGGGAGAGAGAGCAUCGAGAUGACCCCCAGCGAGGGCCCCAGUCACCGGGCUGAAGGCAGCCCUCCUGAAAAGGAGCCUGGUGGGGCCAGGCUGCCCCCCAAAACCCACCGGAAGAUGGCCCGGAAGGAGUGCGACCUCAACAGGCAGUGUGGGGUAGUAAACCCAGAGACCAAAAAGAUCUGUACCCGCCUGCUGACCUGCAAGAUCCACUCGGUGCACCAGCGCCGGGAGGUCCAGGGCCGCGCAAAGGACUUUGACGUGCUAGUGGCAGAGCUGAAGGCCAAUUCCCGCAAAGGGGAGUCUCCCAAAGAGAAGAGCCCAGGGCGCAAGGAGCCCACUCUGGAGCGCCCCUCCCAGGAGCCCCCCUCCUCAGUCCAAGCUGUGGCAGCGGCCGCCCCCAGCAGCACCUUCUCUGCUCGCGCUAAGCAGACCUACCCAUACUGCGCACUGCCCAGGUCCCGGGCCUCCUCUGAGAGUGAGUUGGAUGAUGAAGGCCCCUGUGGUGGUGAUGGGGACCCAGGCCUGUUCCCCUUUCCCCUGCCCCGGGGUGGGGCCCAGGCCUCCAGCGAGGAGAGUGAGGAGGAGGGGACAUCUGACGACCUCCACCUCUCCCCUGACUGCCAUUAUGCAACCCGGCCCCCGCGGCCACAGGCGUUCUGCACCUUUGGGAGCCGACUGGUGAGUCCCGGAUGCUACGUGUUUAGCCGCCGGCUGGACCGCUUCUGCUCAGCACUGAGCUCCAUGCUGGAGCGGCACCUCAGCUCACACAUGUGGAAGAAGAUCCCACCGGCGGCUGAGCCUCCAUCCCACCUUGUCAGCUCCCCACUCUCUGCUCCCCUGAGCCCAUCCUCUACGGGCAGCUGCCCCCGCCUUCCAGGCCCACCCCCCAGACCCGCCUGCCCAGCCUCCACACCCCCCGCCAAGGACAGCCUGGUCCCCAGCUACCCCGCAGGCUCCCCCAGCGUGGCAGCGGCCUGCAGCCAGGCGGAGUGCAUGGGCGGGAGCCAGGCCAUCACCUCACCACUGCCUGCCAACACGCCAUCCCCAUCCUUCAGCAAACUCCCGCCUUCGAAGGCCAGCAAGUCGUCCAAAGGCAAGGAUGGGGUCGAGGUGGAGGCCCCUUCUCGAAAGCGAAAGUUAUCCCCAGGCCCCACCACUUUCAAACGGACCUGUAUCCUGGAGCCCUCUGGAAAAGGCAAACCGUCUGGCUGCCGGGGCCUCUCGGCCAAGACUAAAACAGCCCUGGGCAUGGGGCUUAAUGGGACGGUGGGGCCAAGAGUGAAGCGGGCAGGGCCUCUGGACUGUCGGGGUUCCCCUCAUCAGCCCCCUACACCCGUCAAGGCUUCUCAGCUGGACAACCGGGGAGCGGCUGGACACCCAGCCAAGGCCCUGCCACCCACCUGCCUCUCUGAGGAGGAGGUAGCCAAGAAGCGGAAAAACCUGGCCACUUACUGCCGGCCGGUGAAGGCCAAGCACUGCCAGGCAGGCACGCCCACCGAUGCGGCCUGCUCUGUGCGCCGCAAGAAGCCGGGUCCUGCCAUGGCCUUUGAGGAGAAGUGUUCGACACUGAAGUCUAAAGCCCAUUAACAAGAAAGUGCCUGCCCUCUGCGAUGGAGCCGCCAGCACCUCCUCCCCUCCAGAUCCGGGCCCCAGGCUGCUGCCGCUUUUUAUAACUUUAUAUUAUUUUUUUUAAGAAAAAAAACUCUUUAAAAUAC